CUUUUUUAAUAGGUGACUGUUCUUUCAUAAAGAGAUCAUGAGUCAUGGUUGCUGACAAUUUUCACUCCUUCUUUCUCUUAUCUCAUGGGAGAUGUGGAAAAUCAGAGAGCUGCGAUUUCCUGACGUACCUCUGAGGAAACUUAUCAGUAAGAGGAUUUUUACAUCCGCAAACAUGAUGCCUGAACAUCGCUGCUGUAAUCACAAUGAGGUUUCAAAUUCAGUUUGUCAGACUCUGGAUGAAAUGGACUUUGAACGAGGCAUCUGGUCUGCUGCAUUGGAUGGCGACAUCAAUAGAGUGAGAAAGCUUCUUCAGAAAGGUAUAUCAAUCGAUGGAUUGGACUCGGGGGGCUAUACAGCAUUGCAUUACGCUGCUCGCGCUGGGCAUUUGUCCGUCUGUGAGUUGCUGAUUGAUGCUGGCGCUGCUAUCGAUUCCCAGACCAGAGCUGGCCGUGCAACACCUCUGCAUAGAGCUGUAUCAGCUGGAAAAGAGGAUGUAGUGAUGCUGCUGCUAAAACAUGGUGCAAAUCCAGGUAUCAAAGAUGCAGAUGGCAAUACCUGUUUUGAACGUGCUGUUAAUUGUGGAAAUGAAAGAAUUAUCCAGACCUUUCGGCAAUCUUGAAAUCCCUUUAUUUUCCUGCUAGAAUUCGAUUGUGCAGCCAGUGUAUCCUCGCUACCAAUGAGCUUCGAGUUUUGAGGCCACGCCAUUUUUGUUGCUAUUCGUGUAGGAAUAUCGGAAUUUUGUGAUUUUCUUCAUUUAAAGGUACUGAUAAAGUGCAGAAAUUUCCUGUCAAGGAGGUUCUGAAUUUCUUAGGAAAUUACUGAAAAGCUCUGUAAAAGUACGUAGUUUCGGUUGUUACCCUGGUCAUGAUUUCUUGAUUUUUAAGAUUAUUCAAUGAUUCUCAAUCAGCUUUUACUAUAUUCACAAUCAAGGAUAAUUCUAUGCUGAUAAACUGUAACUCUGGAAAUUGAAUGAAUCAUAACAGCCCUUUAUACAGCUUUGUACUCACAGCGAGUAUUUUUAUGAAUAUUGUAUCAUUUUCAAAUUAAACGCAAAAGUUUAAUCACUCUAUAGCUGGGAAAUCACUCGUAGUUCUGAUUACAUGAAUUAGCUAGAUAAAGGAAACGUAAAGAAAAGUGAAAUUGGAGGUAAUAGAACUUGGAGGUUCAAUUUGUUCCCUAGAGUCACGCAAGUUAAGAUAUAGUGCAGUGAAAGGUCAUUUUAAAUAUCCCUGAACUUAAAGUACUCAAUAAAAAAAAUUGCGUCAAUGUGAACACCUGUCUCAAAAAUCAAUGAAAACCUACUGUUUCGGACAGAACAGGGCAAAGAGGAGGAAAAAUGAACAAGAUCACACUUGAUUUGCGUUGAUGUCUUAUUUGAACAAUUUCUGUUUAGAUCUGCGAAAUUCUGGCCCACGAAGUAAUCAUGGUCAAUUUUGUUAGUGCGCAAGAAAAUAUCUCAAAUGUUCCUAAAUUUGUAUUCUCAAUAUAUUACUGGAAAAUUAGUUUAGUUACCGGAAAAUUCAAAAAUCAUUUCGGUUCCCAUUUGUAAUCUUCUAUCAUAUUUUUGUUUUUAUCAAAACGUCAAGUGUCUGUAUAACCAUUUAUUCCUCUUUUUGAUGAGAAACCAAAAUAUUAAAUAUACAAAAAUUGUUCUGUAA